CGGGAAACUUGUGUUUGUCCAUCGGCACGUGCCACAGCCAAUUAAUAGUCGAAUAUUCCACUUGGGCCUUGAUUAACUUUUUCUCCAUCGAGCUGUCACUAGCAAUUAGUAAUUCAAUUAAAAGUUCCCUCAAUCCAAUUCAAUGGAAUUUUGCUGCAGCUUCUGUUCUCCGCUUUGCCAAAAACGACGACUGAGCAUCCGGUGAAUAAUAACAAUAAUACUAGUAGUAGUCGUAAAAUAAUAACAACCGCAAUAUAACCAUAAACGUCGCCCAAAUAAUACGUCGGCACAAGUACAACGAUCGGGAACUACGUACGUUUGCAGUUGAGUAAAACCAGCGGCAUGUCGGUCGAUUUGAGUGGACAGCAGGAGCCGACCAUAUCGGUGAUAACCACGGUUCCAGUGGCCCAAAACGGAGGCGAAAUGGACGCCCUGCUGCUCGGCAGGAUUGGGGAACUGGUGGCCAUUUCUCCGGAGCGCCGCAACUGGCGCGGCAUCUUCAUCGCCCUGCUGGUCAUCGCCGCCGUCUUCAGCCUGAUCAUAUUCUCGAUCUUCCUGCUGUCGCCGGAGGACGAGGGCCUGAGGAUCCGGGGGCGCCGGAUGCUGCCCAGCGAUAUCCUGGGCAGGAGUCUCCAGUGGAAGCCCUUCAACGGCACCUGGAGCAAUGGUCGUGAUCUCAUCUAUCGAGAUCCCACGGGCGGCCUUUCCAUUCUCAAUAUGGCCGAUCUCACCACACGCAUUCUUAUGACCAAUUCAACAUUUCGCCAAUUGAAUGCAGAAUCGUUUCUAGUGGCUCCUGACCAGAAAUACGUGCUCCUCCAGUCGGACUCCAAUGCCGAGGGCUCCAGACAUCACGUAUACGAGGUGCAGACGGCCAACACAUUCCCGCUGGGACCAACGGAGAAUAUAGCGGAGGCGCCACGCCUCCAGCAUGUGGUGUGGGCGCCGGCGAAUCCGCCACCACCACUUGGAGCACCACCACCCAGUGGUUCCAGUGGCGCCAGUACCACCACAUUGGCCCCACUGCCCAGUGGCAGCAUAAUCCUGAAUAGCCUGGCUGGGGCGGCCAAUGGUCCAGUUGCCACGGGAUCCUCCGGCUCCUCUGGCCCAAAUCAAAAUGGCAAGCCAGGUGGCUACUCCUUGAACCAAGCCAUCGCCUUUGUGCACCACAACGACAUCUACUACAAGCCCAAGGUGCAGGGCGAACUCGUCUGCCGGAUAACGCAGUCGGGCUCCGGAUCGCCGGAGGGGGAAUCAUCGGGGGUGGUCUUCAAUGGGGUUCCCGAUUGGACGUACGAAAAUGUGCCCGAGCUGGAGAGCCGGAGGAGCAGCAUGCAGUUCUCGCCGGACGGACUCUAUUUGGCCUUCCUCAGCUACAAUGACAGCGAGGUCAACGAGUACAAAUACACCUGGAUGGGUGAUGAUAUCAAAUAUCCGGCGGUGAUGAGCCAGCGCUAUCCAAAGACGGGUUCCCGCAAUCCAAAUGUGACGGUUAACGUGGUAAAUCUAUCCGUGAUCAAGUACAUAUUUCCCACGCAAGUCAAGCUGCCGGGAGAGCUGGCCAAUGGGAGCUACGUGGGCGGCUUGACCUGGGCCUCGCCGAGUGACCUUUCGGUGACGGUGACCAACCGGGAGCAGACCAAGGCCACCACGGUCCUCUGCCGCGCCCCGCACUUCCAUUGCCAGGCGGUGCACACGGAGGUGACCAUUAACGAUGGCUGGGUGCUGCCAUCGGAGCGACCCAUUUUCUCGGCCCGCAACCAGAUGCACAAGCAGUUGGCCAAGCUACUGCCGAAUCCGGAGGAGGUUCAGCCGGAGAGUCCGAAUGUGAGUGCCACGGAGGAGGGCCAGACGCACACCACGCAUGAGAUCAGCAAUGGGGGCUAUCUGCUGAAGCGCCUGCCUGUUCGGGAUGGCGAGCAUGGGCACUACCGCCAUGUGGUCUUCAUAUCCUCGCUGGACCGCAGACCCGUUCCCCUGACCAUGGGCCGGUUUGAGGUCACCGAAAUCGUUGGCUGGGAUGAGCCGCACGAGAUUGUCUACUUUAUGGCCGCGCCGGAGAAGAGACCGGGCGAAAGGCAUCUGUACAAGAUCAAUCUGAAGCUCAAUGUCACCGAAUCGAAUCGGACAUACAUCACCUCCUCGUCGCCCACAUGUCUCACAUGCGACAAUACAGAGUCCACGUACCGGCUGCACAGGGCCAGAAUCUCGCAGCGGGGCGAUCGAUGGGAGGAUAUUGUGGCUCGCUUGGAGCCGGAUGACUGCCUCUAUGAUAUACCCAAGAAUUGCCUGUACAAUCGGGUGCAGUUCAGCCAGGACUAUAGCUACUAUGUGCAGGAGUGCCUGGGCCCGGAGGCGCCGAGUGUUUACCUGGUGGAGACGGCCAGCAAUGACAAGAUCUAUGUCCUGAAUGCCGGCGACGUACUGCGUCAUCGGCUGACCCAGCUGGCCAUUCCCCAGUCGCGCACCUUCAGCGUGGAGAUACGCCAUGGAUUCCAUGCCCAGGUGCGACUCUUCCUGCCACCCGGAAUGCGCGAGGAGGAGGACGUGGCCUUUCCACUGGUUCUCCAUGUCGACGCCUCGCCGGGAUCGCAGCUGGUGACAGAGCGCUUCCAUGUGGACUGGAACUGGUAUUUGGCCAGCCAGCGCAGCUUCAUUGUGGCCCAGAUCGAUGGGCGUGGCAGUGGCUUCCAGGGAGAACUGCUCCGCACCCAGGUGCAUGGAAAACUGGGCACCGUCGAGGUGGAGGAUCAACUGGGAGUCCUCACAUACUUGCGGGACAACCUGAAGUUCAUCGAUCCCCUGAGGAUCUGCGCCUUUGGCUGGGGCUACGGGGGCUACGCCUCCUCCAUGAUGCUCAUCGACGACUCCCAGCAGGUGCUGCAGUGCGCGGUGGCCAUCAAUCCCAUUGUCAACUUUGGAUUCCACUAUUCCUUCUUUACGGAGCGCUACAUACCACUGAAGGGCGACUACCUGCGGGCCCUCCAGGAGGCGGAUCUCACGAUGAAGGCGGGCAACAUCAAGGGUCGCAACCUGAUGCUGAUGCACGGCACCGCCGACACCCUGGUGCAUCAGGAGCACACCCUGAUGCUGGUGCGCGCCCUGGUGGAGCAGCAGGUGAAGUUCCGGCACCAGGUCUAUCCGGACGAGGACCACGCCAUCGCCAGGUCGGUGAGCCAUGUCUACAAGACGAUGGAAUGGUACUUCGACGAGUGCUUCGGCCCCGUCGACGACAACGAGUGGGACCCCACGGGUCUGUUUGUGUUUAAACAAUAAUUAAGACCCCCCUACGAUCCUUACGACGAGGAUCCGCUGGCCAAUCAGCUCAGCGACAUCGACGGCAUCGGCCCAGCCAGCGGCACGGAUGCGGAUGCGGAUGCAGAUCCGUCCGGCGAUCCCGCCGGCAGCAACCUGUCCACCCUGCUGACCGCCACCACGACGACCGCCCCGCUGUCGGCGCUCGACGAACUGGACAACCGGCUGCAGUCCCUGGACCUGAUCACCUCCUCCACGGCCACCACCCUCAGCAAGGUCGCCGGCAAGCUGUGCAACUACAGCAGCAAGCGGCGGCUCCACCAGUCGGAGGCCGUGCUCGCCCAGAAGUCGCGCAUCCUCCAGCACUAGAUCACUAGAUCACUAGAUCACUAGGUCACUGAAGCACUGGGGGACUCCUCCUCCGGGUCUCCAUUCGGGAAUGGGAAUGGGAAUGGGAAUCCUCCGUGUGUCCAGCAUUUGAGUGUCCGUGUGUCCCCGUCCCCGGGGGGCAGAUCCAUCCUCUUCUCACUUUCGACGGGAGUUUGCGGAAGCCUUGUACAUUUUGCUUAUAUUUUUAGAUCCAACGAAUUCCAAACAAAUGUAUUUUGUUGCUGCCAAUCUCAAAAAAUAUUUUUUUGAAUUUAUGUUCUCCUCAGAUUUGAGUUGAUUGGAUUGCAUAAUAUUUGAAUUUUUAAAUAAUUUUAAUUUCUCAAAAGAAGUUUACGCAAGUGUUUUCCACAUAAGACAUAUACAAAUAAGAUACAUUAGAAAUUAUAGUUUAGAGCUCCACAAAUUAUUUCAUAAGGUUUUAUUUUUUAAAGAAUAUGUAUGAAUUUAAAUAGGUUCAGCUGGUAAUGAGUUCAAUUCGAUAGAGAUAAAUUUAUGCAAAUUAUUUAUCAAAGUAAAAAUAUGGUUAAGGGAUUUGAUUACUUUAUUUAUAAUUCAUUUAUUUCGCGUUACUUUAAGUUCCGCAAAUUUGUAACGAAAGUGAAAACAUGAUAUAUUCUAUUAGUGUGCAAGUGUUGAUUCUCCCCAGGCAUUUAUAUUAAUGGGUUCAGUUGUUUGAGACCAGUAAAAGUUUUGAUUGUCAAAAACUGCGUAGCUUAAAAAGCCUAAGAGGGUAAAAGAAAAAAAUUUACUCAUUGAAAAAUUUCAGCAAUGAAAAUAGGCAAGAUUACGUGUUUAAGAUACUUGAUGAUAUAUUUGUUAGAUUUUUGAUAUUAUCUUAAAAUGGUUUCGCAUUUUUAUAUUGGAUUUAUAUUGGUCUAAAGUCGUUCAUAUGAGUUUUUGUAAAAUUGGGGAUUAUUUUAAAGAUAGAUGUCUAAAAGGACGCUUUAAAAACGCUCGGUUUUGGUAGAUCACUAUAGUCACUAUAAGUGGAUAUGGGUUGUUCGUUACAAGCAAAAUCAAAAGGUAUAAUUUAAACCUUAUAACAUUAUAUCAACUUAACUCCCUUUUUUGCCGGCGGGAAUCACGUGUGAAUGAUUAUCGAGAGAACAGAGGAAUUAGGAAACAAAACCAAAGCAAGGUGAUUUAUUUAUGCGACUGAUUAUUAACAUAUGUGUAUUAAAUAAUUAACCAAACUCAUGGUGCGAGGGGGGUGACGAGGCGGUGGAAAGUCGAUGUCCUUGACGUAAGGAUGCAAAUGUAGGGGAUAUACCAAAUUGCUAAGGGCAAUUGCCAACCAAAUACAGCGCGAUAUGUGUGUAUGUGUCAUGUAUGUAAUUUAUUUAGGCCUCAUUGUUGUUUCUUUACGUGUUCGUUUCGAUGUGUAUAAAACAUAUAGUUAUAAUUGACUGAACGUUAUUUUUUUUGUAUAUAUUAACGAUUAAAUUUUAAAACAAAAAUGAAUGUGGAAGCGAAACCGAUAUCGAAACUUAUUGAUAUAAUUAAUUCAUGUCCAAAAUAAAGGGAGGGAGUAUCCCUUAAAUAGCCAACCAGUUUGCGUGUAGUUCGAGUAAUCGAACAGAGAUACCGAACCCCACAGCUUUUUGCCCCUUGAAUGUUUGUGAUAGUCGAGAUAGUAGGCGACUAUAAAAUACCCUGUACUCCAAUCGAAUCGCUUAGAUAGAUUCCGAAUCUCCAUCUCGACCGACUUUUGGUGUUCGAAAGCUUUAAACUUCAUAUCCAUUCGACGUUUAAUGCUGUGGUUACAGGGUAUUUCCAGGUGUCUAGCAUCCAAAACAGACCUAAUUUUAAAACUAAAUUGUAUAUUGAGAGUGGAUGGAGUUGAGAUUGUGCCACACUAAAGACAAGUCCCAGGCUUGCCCAGACCCCCCUUAUAUCGAUCGAAUUGGAUCCGAAAUAUAUAUAUAUAUUAUAUGGUAUAUAUGGGGGGAUGCAUUGGUGUGCUUAAGAGAGAACCAAAAAAAUGGCAAAACAUUUUUUUUUAGAUUUUUUUACCAUUAACAUUAACGGAACGAAGAAGAACGCGAAUUCCAUAUAUGAAAUGGGAUUAUGUUGUCGAAUGCCUAGAUGUUAAAUGUUGCGUCAAUAAGCGAAAUUUUAUUGUAGCGGGGCCGCCGAGGGCCCCCGACUUCCGGAACCCAACUAAAGCUAAGAAAUCCAAAUAAAACCAAUAUAGUCAAGCUUUAAAUGUUGUACACAAAAAGAGGGGUCGAAACCACUUAAAACCCAAGUUAACUAAACCAAAACAAAAAACAUAAUGAGAAAACAAAGAGAAUGCCCAAAAACAGACCCGAGAAUAAAUAAAUGUUAUACUUAACUAAACGAUAAAUGCAUAUUUAUAAAUGUUUAAAACAAGAAUUCUAUAAUAAACUAAUGGAAAACUAUAUAUGUAAUUGUGCUAAGGCAGAAUUUAAUGUAUUCCAAGCUACCAAGGCGAAAAAUAAAACCAUUAACUACGUGGAACCAAACAAUGUAAACGCAAAGCUAACGAAAAAAAUACAAAACACAACUCAUUUCCCUAAAGUACAAAGGAAACGAAGGAAAACCUAUUUUUCAGUUGACCCAAAAGCAACAACACAUCUAAAAAAAAAGACCAAAACUGGACAGUAUUGAACGAAGUGAUUUGGUUUCAAGACAACAUCUCAGCAUAAAGUAUUCAAGCCGAAAUCGAACCGAAUCCAAAUAGAUUUAGAGAAAAUGUACGCAGAACAGAACUAUGUAUUUCCAACAACCAGACACAAGUAUACCAACAAAGAGAUCCAAAGCAACUAAAAAACAAACAAAACGAAACAAUAAAGACAUUUUUGUGUG